AUGACGCGAGGAAAUGCGGGUAGACGACCCUUUCGUUUUGAAGCAGCGUGGCUGAAGCAUAGUGAUUUCAAGCAGUUGGUACUGACGUCUUGGAAAGGGGAUAUUAGUACGCCUAAAGCUCUAGAUUCCCUGCGGAUUAUACUGAAGAAGUGGAAUCGUGAGGUGUUUGGAGAUGUUCAGAAGAGAAAGGAGAAGUUAUUGGAUGAUAUAAAACGGGUGCAGGAUUCACUGGAACGAGUCCAAACAGACGCGCUAUUAGCAAGAGAAAUGGUGUUACUCAGGGAGUUUGAUAGUAUAUUGGAACAGGAGGAGAUGAUCUGGUUCCAAAAAUCUAGGGAGAAGCAUAUAGCGUUAGGGGACAGGAAUACGUCCUUUUUUCAUACUUCGACGGUGAUCCGUAGGCGACGUAACAAGAUUGACAUGUUAAAGGAUGAUGCAGAUAACUGGGUCACGGAGGACCAGAGUUAG